AUGUAUAGAAAGAAUGAUGAUCGAGGGGCUCUUAGCCGGACCUAUGUCAGACACUUGGAAGGUUUUUUGGACAUUGCUUAUGCCAAUGAAGAUUAUGUUGAAAGGACAACUACACAUGAUGGGAUAGUGUUCCACAUUAGAUGUCCUUGCUCCAAGUGUCGAAAGGAAGCCUGUAGAGAAAGAGAAGACGUGAAACUACACUUGAUGAAAUAUGGUUUCAUGCCUGAUUAUAUCAUUUGGUGGGGACAUGGUGAAACCUUUUCUUUACAUGCAUCUCAUCAAGACGUGGGUCAAUCUUCUAAUCCUAUAGUGGAUCAUAAUGAAGGUUAUUUUCAAAUGGUGAACGAUCACAUGGUACAUGAUGCCAUGACAUGGGAAGAGCAAACACCUAAUCCAUCUACCCAAGGCUUUUAUAACAUGUUACAAACUGUUGACGAGCCUUUAUGGGAUGGAUGUAAAACUUUUUCAAAAUUAGGGGCUGCGACGAGUUUGUUGCAUUGGAAGGCAGAAUGUAAUGUACCCGAGACAACAUAUAAUAGAGUGUUUCCUAUUUUUAAGCGUAUGCUACCUGAGGGUGAUAAAUUACCCUGUAACUUCUAUGAGAUGAAGAAGAGUUUGGAAAAUCUUGCUCUACCAAAACAAAAGAUCGAUGCUUGCAAAAACCAUUGCAUGUUAUUUUACAAGCAUGAUUCUGGGUUGACCCACUGCAGAGUAUGCGAUGAAAGUCGUUACAAGACAAGUGGACGAAAAAAGGUCCCUAACUUGGUGUUGACGUACUUACUGAUUGUUCCAAGACUCCAAAGAUUGUAUAUGUCUCUAAAGAUCGCGAAAGAGAUGACUUGGCAUUACGAUCAUCGGGUGAAACCGGGUGAAAUGGUACAUCCAAGUGAUGGUGCGGCUUAG